AUGUCGUCAUCCUCGACCUCGUCGCCCCCCUGGGACUACAUAGCCAAGCUCGUCUGCAUCGGCGACUCGGGGUGCGGCAAGUCGUCGCUGACGAUCCGGCUGUGCGAGGGCCGCUUCAGCCCGCAGCACGACGUGACCAUCGGCGUCGAGUUCGGCUCGCGCAUCGUGCCCGUCGGGCCCCCGCACUCCAAGACCCUCCUCCUGCAGCAGUCGGCCUCGUCGCCGUCGAAUCCGAAUCCGGAGCAGCAGCAGCAGCAGCAAAAGACGGCCGCCGCCGGCCUCCCGGACCCGCCGCGGGCCAACAACGCCGACGCCGCCGAUGCCGCCCAGAAGCACAUGAAGCUGUCCCUGUGGGACACGGCCGGCCAGGAGACGUACAAGUCGGUGACGCGCUCGUACUUCCGCGGCGCCAGCGGCGCCCUGCUCGUGUUCGACAUCUCGCGGCGGACGACGUUCGCGCACGUCACGGACUGGCUGAACGACCUGCGGCAGAUCGCCGAGCCGGACAUCGUGGUGAUCCUGGUGGGGAACAAGGCGGACCUGGCGUCGGACGGCGAGGAGGACGGAGAAGCAGCAGCAGCGGCGACCAGUGCUGACGGCAAGAGCGGCAGCAAGCGCGAGGUCAGCGUGCGCGAGGCCGAGGAGUGGGCGCGCAACAACGGCGUGCUGCAGUACGUCGAGACGUCGGCCAAGAGCGGCGCCGGCGUCGAGCUGGCCUUCAUGAAGGUCGCCGAGCGCAUCUUCGACAACAUCAACGCCGGCAAGUACGACCUCAACGACCGCCGCAGCGGCGUCAAGGGCCCCGCCCCGGGCAUGGCCGGCCGGCAGGUCCGGCUGGGCGACCAGAGCAAGAGCGCCGGCGGCUGUUGUUAG